CUGCUGUCUGCUCAGAUUUAUAUCUUCAGAAACUGUUACCAUAACACCUUCUGUCUCUAAUCAAAGGCGAGCAUGAAUGAUCCAAUUGGAGUUAAAUCGGUUAUAGAAAACUACGACACUGCUGCAGCGGCUGCAAAGAUAAAGAAAAAAUAUCUAAAAAAGACAAGAAAUAUUCCACUAAAUAUCGCCGUCACAGGAGAAAGCGGUGCUGGUAAAUCCACCUUUGUAAAUGCCUUCAGAGGUUUAACAGAUGAAGAUGAUGAAGCUGCACCUGCAAAUGGAGACUCCACCUCAGAGGUCGCAGCCUACAAACAUCCAGACUAUCCCAAUGUCACUUUAUGGGAUCUUCCUGGAAUCGGAACGCCAAUGUUUCCAGCUGAGAAGUACCUGAAGCGUGUUGAAUUUAGGAUGUUUUACUUCUUCAUCAUCGUCUCAGAGACUCACAUCACAGAAAAUGAUGUGAAACUCGCUCUGAAGAUUCAGGAGAUGGGGAAAAAGUUCUACUUUGUUCGUUCAAAGAUUGACAAAGAUUUAGGAGCCGAGAGAAGAAAGAGAAACUUCAGCAAACAGAGGACUCUUACAAAGAUCAAGGAAGACUGUGCUCAAGGUCUUCAGGCACAUGGCAUCAAGUGUUCAAAGGUGUUCCUGGUGUCCAGCUUUAAGCCUCGGAAGUAGGAUUUCUCUCUCCUACAUGAGACCUUAGAGAGACAACUUCCUAAACUCAAGAGGAAUGCUUUUGUGCUGGCCAUGCCCAACAUCAGCCUGGAGAUCAUCAAGAAGAAGAAACAAGCUAUGGAUCUACGAUUACCUAAUGUGGCCUGCUUUGGUAGACCAAAUGUUUCUGUUCCUGGGCUAACUGUUUCUGUUAAUCUACCUUGGCUGCACAUUAUUAUUGCAAUGGUGGUAGAUGCGUUUGGUCUUGAUAUCCCAUCUCUGUGGAAACUUGCUGCCAGCACAGGUCUGUCAUACAGCGAUUUGUGUGCCGUUAUCAAGUCACCCCUGGCUGCAGCUGAAAUAACUGAGAAGCUCCCGCUGAAGGUGUUGAACCAGGUUGGAGUAACAUCUGAAUUACGUUUUGCAUUGAGCAUGAUAAACUUCGUUGAAUGGGCUCAAUCCCAAGGGGAAGAUGUUAUCGGGUAAUGGAGAAAGCUAUGCCUAUUAUCCUCAGAGAACUUGCU